GGGGGUGGCCGCGGCCAGAUUAGCGAUCGCCUAAUUCCCUGCCUCAAUCUCCCUUCUCCCUCAUCUGCCUCUUCCUCCUCGUGACCCAAUUCAUCAUCUGCACCACACGCACGGGCGAGCGCGUUCCUUGUAGUCCAAGCGCGCCCUCCCUCUCUCGCGCCCGCAUCGGUCACACGCGACGGCUCCCUUUGCGUCUCCUACUUGGUCUUCUCCCGUCACCGUCAUCCUCCGUACUCCGAACCUUCCCGCCGGAUCUGACCCUUCUUAAUCUGCAAGAUCCGCCCCUGUUCUCGGUCUUAAUCGUCUCUGGUGGAUUCCGAAGGCCUACGUGGAUCUUUCUUUUCUUGAGAGUUCCGAUGGGGGCUGGAAGCUCGAGAGACUCGGAAGAGCGGGAGAGGGGAUCGUUCCAGGACUGGGAUCGACGUGGCUACUCCCGCGAGGUGCCAGAGUACCGGAGUUACCCUCCACCGCCUCAGACGUAUGAUCCUCCUUCUGAAUCGUAUCCGCCGCCUGGUUCGCGGCCGAGGCCGACGAUUGAUAGGAGGUAUUCGAGGAUAAGCGACAAUUACCAUACUUUGGAACAGGUCACUGAAGCUCUUGCACAGGCUGGCCUCGAGUCUUCAAAUCUAAUUGUCGGUAUUGAUUUGACAAAGAGCAAUGAGUGGACAGGUAAAUUUUCAUUUGGAGGUCGCAGCUUGCAUCAUAUUGGCGAUACACCAAAUCCUUAUGAACAAGCGAUUUCCAUCAUCGGACGAACAUUAUCAGCAUUUGAUGAAGACAAUUUGAUCCCUUGUUUUGGGUUUGGAGAUGCAUCCACACAUGACCGAGACGUCUUUAGUUUUUGUCCGGAUGGGAGACCAUGUAACGGGUUUCAAGACACUCUGGUGCAAUACAGAGAGCUUCUUCCCCAUUUGCGAUUGGCUGGUCCAACCUCUUUUGCACCAAUUAUUGAGAUGGCUAUGACCAUUGUGGAACAGAGUGGUGGACAGUACCAUGUUUUACUGAUAAUUGCUGAUGGGCAGGUUACAAGGAGUGUGGAUACUCAAUUUGGUCAUUUAAGCUCCCAAGAACAGAACACUGUUGAUGCUAUUGUUAAAGCUAGCGAAUUCCCAUUGUCAAUAAUUUUAGUUGGAGUUGGAGAUGGCCCUUGGGACAUGAUGAAAGAAUUUGAUGAUAACAUUCCUGCCCGUUCCUUCGAUAAUUUCCAGUUUGUAAAUUUUACCGAGAUUAUGUCAAAGAAUAUACCGCAGACAAGAAAAGAGGCACUAUUUGCUCUUGAAGCAUUGAUGGAAAUACCUUCACAAUAUAAAGCCACAAUAGAAAUGGGGAUUUUGGGUCGCCGAUCUGGAAAGUCUCCACAAACGAUCGCUCUCCCUCCACCUACUGGAAAUCAUCAUGCUCCUUCUGUUGGAUAUACUAAUUACAAGUCAACAACUUUCCAGCAGAGUGCACCACCUUACCCUGGUUAUGAAACAGCAUCUAGCGAACAUCCUUCUGCACCAAGUUCUUCAUUUGAAGAUCAGGUUUGCCCUAUUUGUCUCACCAAUCCAAGAGAUAUGGCUUUUGGCUGUGGGCACCUGACAUGUUCUGAUUGUGGUCCUAGUCUUCAGACAUGCCCUAUCUGUCGUAGGGAAAUCCAUACAAGGAUAAAGCUCUAUUGAGGUGCCAGCCAUAUCUGAAAACAAUGUCCUCCGGGCUUAAUGAAUGCAUCUGGAUUAUGUAUGCUUGGAGAUCUGUCAGUUGUACAAUUGCACAUAUGCUCGUCCUCCUCCUCUGCCAAGGCCGUUGGUGUUUUGUUUGCAUUGCCGGACUUGGUUCUAAUAGAUUUUUUUCUUUUUAAAGUUAAUUGUUAUCAUAGUUAGCCUGGAUUCAUAAAUGUUCAUGUGGUUAAUGGGUGCUUGUACUACAAGAUUUUGAUGGAUUCAUUGUGUAAUAUGUUGUAGCCAUUUAGAUGUCAACUGAUUCAAUGUAACAGUUAUCAUUCAAUUGAUACAUCUCAAGAUUUGCUAA